AUGAAAGUCGCCAUCGUACUCUUCCUUUUUUCCUUAUUCGCUGCAGUUGCUUUUGCACUCGUAGCAGACAAAAAACCUGCCAAUGAAGAAAGUGUAGACAAGCGUUCACCCCAUGACUACUACGACGAUGAUUACUACGAAGAUGAUUAUAAUAAAAAAAAACAUUACAAACGUCACGAUUAUUACAAGAAAAAGGACUACUACGAUGAUGAUUACGAUUAUAAAUACAAGAGUUACAAGAAACACUACAAACGUCACGACUAUUACAAGAAAAAGGACUACUACCACGAUGACUACAAAAAGGAUUACUACCACGAUGACUACAAAAAGGAUUACUACCACGAUGACUAUAAAAAGAAUUAUUAA